AGCUCCCGUGACAAGGAUGUCAUCCUGAAUAUUCUCAGUGUCCUCACUGACUUGCUCUCUCUGGGGACUGGACGGAGAAUCCACUAUGUGAUCAGCAAAGGGGGCAGUGAGGCACUACUGCAGGCUCUUGCUGCUGCAGCCCGGACUGAGCCACCCGACAACAGCAUCCUCUUGCCCCUGCUUCGACUGCUGGCCAGGGUUGGCCAACGAGAUAGGAAGUUUGGGCUGAAAGUGCAGAAGGCAGAAGUGACUGAUGUAAUACUGAGCUUAGCAAGAAGAAGCCUGGGCCACCACCUGCACCUCACCCACUGCCUCUGGGUCCUGCGAGUUUGUGCUUCUAAUGUUACCACAGGAACUACACUUGGCAUCAAUGGAGCCAUGGAGCUGCUUUUCAAAGUCAUCACCCCCUACAGCAAGCGACACGUCAGGACAGUAAGGACAACACUUGGAAUGGCAGCAAUGCCAGUAAAAUCUGUAAAUAAACCCAGAGCUGAGCUGCUCUGGGAUGUGUUCAGAGACAGGGUUUGGAAUGUGGAAGGGAGAACCUGAAAACUUGAGGAAGUGGCUGGUGAGGAAGACCAGGGCUACUGACUCCCAGUAUGGCUGCAGCCCUGGGGUUAGGAGUGGAAACUCCC